GCGUAAUAAUACUCUCAAACGCUAAAACCUCAAACAUCUCUCUCCUUUUCGCUUCUUCCUCUGCAAACAACGAUAGGCGGGUUUCAUGGUUUUCGGGUUUCAGUACUAGCCAAUGGCGGGAGACAACAGCAACAACAACACUGUUCCUCUGAUGAGGACGGCUGCGGAACCUCGGGUUUUGCCGGUUUCUGAGGGGGUGGAGGUGGCGGGUGGCUUAGAGGAGAAGCUGAACUAUGUUGAAGGAGAUGAUGGUCAUGGAGGAGAGGCGGUGGGGGCAAGCAGCGGAGGGGGUGAGUUGACUGGCAAGAGAAAGAGAGGGCGGCCGAGAAAACAACCAGCAGUGGAGGAAUUCAUGGUGGUUCCGGAAUCUUCAGCCUCUCCUCAAAAGCGGGGGAGAGGGCGCCCGAAAGGGUCAGGCAAAUGGCAAACCUUGGCUGCUUCUUUAGGUGAAACGGCGGCGGAGUCAGCUGGAAGCAACUUCACUCCUCACACAAUUGCAAUUCAACCAGGGGAGAAUAUUGUUCAAACAAUCUGUUCAUUUUCUCAAAGGGCUUCUGAAUCAAUUUGCAUUCUUUCAGCUUCUGGUACAGUCUCCAGUGCAGAAAUUCUCCGACCUGGUUCAUGUGGUGGCAUUCUUAGAUACGAGGGCCGCUUUGAGAUUGUAUCUCUAACUGGAUCACAUUCAAACAAUGCAGCCGGCGGUGGUCAAGGCAAAAUUUGUCUUUUAAGUGUUCAACUGGCUAAUCCUGAUGGUGGCCUUUUUGGUGGUGCUGUAGCAGGUUCACUAAUUGCAGGAGGGCCAACUCAACUUGUCAUUGCUACAUUUAGGCAGAAGUUCAGGGAGCAGCCGAAGGUGCAGUAUCACAUCGAACCUUCAAAGCCUAAUCAAGCUGCAGUUGCAGUACCAUUGCAGACAGCAGACGACAUCCCAGAUUCCGAAAUGAAUGGUCUAUCUCUAUCAACAGCUCCUCCCGUCCCAGCUCCACCCAUUGAUGGAAUGGAUAAAGGCAUGAAUGGCCCUGAUGUUAACCAUGCUUCCUCUCAGCCAUUUGAUUGGAACUCCUUGCAAUCGUCUGUGCACAUGUCACAACAUGUAUUACCGUCUGAUGUUAAUACAGGAGCUGCUGAUUAGGACAACCACCUCCUUUUUUCUCCUCACCUAAAUGGAAAACCACCUACAACACAUUUCUUGUUCAUGUUUGAACUCAACGGCUUCUUCAGUUGGCAGUGUUGAAAGUCUCACCAGUAAUAUAUGUCUUUAUUCAAACAUCUAUAUUCUGAUCUCAAUUUUUGCAAAUCAUUCUUGUGUCUAUGAACUUAAUCAUGAGACAGGAUCUAGUUUAACUACAUCUUGGGUGAUCAUAUGUUGGCAAAUAAACGGUACGUCUUGGCAUCAAGACUGAUCUGUCUUACAGCUGCAACUGCUGCUAUAACUCCCAACACUGAGAAAACCACAGCUAUCAUGG